UGGACAGACCGGGGUCAAUCAUGGAGCCUGAGCAGAACUGCAGCUCACAGUGUGAUUCCCCACUCUGCUUCAUCCACUCGGGAGUCAACAGGCAGGAGGGCAUCAACAUCCUGCAAAGACUAUGCAGUCUCAGCAUGAUGGCUGUGGAGCUCCCAAGGCGUUCCCUCUCCCCAGUGCUAAGUGCUGUGGUGUGGACACUACUCUCCUGUGGCAUCCUGCUGGCCUUCUGCUUUCUCCUCUUCACACUGCGAUUUAAAAACAACAGGAUCGUAAAGAUGUCCAGUCCCAACCUGAAUGUCCUGACUCUCUUUGGGAGUGUCCUGACCUACAGCAGUGGCUUCCUAUUUGCAAUUGACGAACGAACACACCCACAAGGUGCAGCAUCUACAGCUGUACUCCAAGCUCGGGUGUGGACUCUUUGUCUCGGCAGUACCUUGGUGUUUGGCCCUAUUUUGGGGAAGACAUGGCGACUGUACAGAGUGUUUACCCAGCGAGUUCCUGACAAGAGAGUGAUCAUCCGAGACAUCCAGCUGAUGGGCAUGGUGGCUCUUUUGAUUGUGGUGGACUUGCUGAUUCUCACUGCCUGGAACCUCACAGACCCCACCAGGUGUUCACGAUCUGUCAGUGCUUUCAUCAAGGUCAUAGAAAAAGAUGUUUCCUACUCAUUGUCCCAGCUGGACUCCUGCUCAUCUGUAUACUGGGAUCUAUGGGUUAUUAUUAUAGCUGUUCAAAAGGGUUGUCUUCUUCUCUAUGGGACAUACCUGGCUGGGCUAACCAGCAACGUCAGCCAUCCUCCAGUCAACCAGUCUCCCACCAUAAUAACAGCUGUCAGUUUGGUCACCCUCUCCUCGGCUGUGGCCGUCCCUGUGUCCAUCUUCCUUCAGUCUUGGCCCAACCUGGUCUACAGCAUUGUGGCUGGAUCCAUUUUAAUCUGCACACUGGCUACCAACUGCAUGCUGUUUGUGCCUCAGCUGACCCAGUGGCAGCAGUUUGAAGAAGAUCAGAACAACCCAAAUCAGAUGGCCAAGUAUUUCAGCAGCCCCAGCAAGAGCCAGGCCUCUGUGUACAGCCAAGAUGAGAUCUACUACCUGCUGGGGGAGAACAACUCCAUGAAAAAACUCCUUAAUGAGAAGAACGCAGUGAUCGACAGUCUACAAGAGCAGGUGAACAACGCCAAAGAUAAACUUCUGCGUCUCAUGUCAGCCAGCCAGCCAGCCACAGAUCAGGAUAUGGACUCCUCUGCCACAAACCUUAACUCCUCCUCUACCCAGACCACAGAGCUACAGUCUGAGAGCCCAUCUUCUUCUCUACCUCAGAAAGAUGCAAAAUCCAGAAUCUCACCCCCCCAUCUCUCCCCUCGCCUCUUUGCUGUGGCUGUGUCAUCAUCGUCUAAUGCUCUACCGUCUUCUGCUCCUGCUCCGAGCUCCACCGCCUCCACUGCUGCCUCAUCUCCUCUUCCUGAUGCAGGUGAAAAUCACAGGACUUCCUCUGCUGAGUCUAAAAGAGUAGAGGAUUUCAAAAAACCUGCGUCCCUCCAGUCCCCUGGCUUACUCAGGACAGCAGAGGAAACCGCUGAUUUUGUUACUCCCUUACAAUCCUUCAGCAAUUACAGCAGCCUAACAUCCCCGCUGGGAACCAAUGCCAGGCUGGCUGGUUUUGUCAGCAGCGAGCAGUUGCAGGAGAUUCUCCAAGAACUGAAUGUAGACACAAUCAUUGAAACUGCACUCAAAGCUCCCAGUCAGACAGCCAGGACACCUUCUCAGCUAAAAUUUACAGAAGCUUCCACACUUUCCCCACUCUCCCUGCGGACACCACGCUCCCCUCACCCACCUGUAGUCUUCCGAUACCCCAGCAUCUCCCCUUAUGUGAUGAGGAAACGUCGACCGCCCUUCCACUCCCCCAGAAGAGGUUUGGCCCCGCCUUGUUUCUACACAGGUUCAGAGGCUGUUGUUUGUGGGAGGAUGAGGAACAAGAGUAAAGGCAAGCGUCCUGAGGGAGUCACUCCGGAUGGUACCAUACUCCAGGUUCUCAGCACCGACCUUGAGGUGGAGGAAGAGGAAGAGGAUGAGGAGGCAGAGGGGCAAGAAGUGAUAAGAAAAUGUCCAAGGUGUGUUUCUAGGUCUCACAGAUGUUCAGUCUUACCACGCGCGCAUCAUGGUCACACACCUGAUGUGGAAGCGGGUGGUGAAAAUGAGCAGCACCUUCAACGCUUAAGAGACUCCUGUGGGUACUGGGACUCAGACUCUAGCAGCUCAACAGACUACUGUUACUACCAUCGACCUUACUGUGACUCCUGCCUGCAGCGGGGCUCACUCCUGUCCUCAGACACUUCCUCAGAUUCCUCGGACAGCGAUUACGAAGGCUACAGCCCCUACCGCUCCCCACACCCUGUGGUGUUCAAAGACGACAUCAAACCCACCUUUGUAUGA